UACUUGGACAUUGACGAUACAAAAGAGAAACCCGUCUUUGAACUUCGGCGUGGGAACUAUAGGGAAAGGGAUUGGACCGGACAUAAAGGGGGAAACGAGAGGGCGAGAAAACCGCAAAACGUCACCAUGGACGCCUACUUGACCGCUCGACAGGACGUGGUCAACCCCAACGAGCUUCCGCCCGGCUGGGUCAUACAGAACGGACGGGCAAUCCCCUGGUGGUACAGUAGGACUGGCGUCAUCGUCAAGUGGUCCGUCUUCCUCGGUCUCACGACUCUCUUUGCCAUCUUCCUCAUCGUCGCCUACGCCCACGGUAAGAGCCGCCUGAAGAAGGGCCUUCUCCCCCUCGGGUAUCACCGCUGGCUCUUCAACCGCGCUCAGCUCGCCCGCGUCGACAGCCGCUACGCCUGGCCCACCGCCACCUACAACACCUACCGCCCAGAGUACUACAACACCCACCCGCAAGCCCAGGGAGGCGGCUAUUAUGGCAUGCAGGGGAUGCCGCCGCCGACCUACGACCCCAACUCCGCGAGGCCACCCAUGUAUGCGCCGCCCGAGGGCGGCUCUAAGGUCGACCCUUCCCAGGAGUACGGCGUCACACCGCCAGCGGGCCCUCCACCGCCGCCGGCCGCCGUUGCUGCGAAUCACACGGGGCAGGCUUACCCGUACAGGGCGCAGUGAAGUGGGACAUAUGCUAGAGUGGCGAUGCGCAGGCCUUAUUACUGCGUUAAGUGUUUUCAAGCGGGUUUUAAUAUGGCAUGUGUCAACAGCUCACUGCCGGUUGCAAGACACGACUCAAGACGACAUGGACUGAGGACACAUCACAUUCACGAAACAGAUGAAGAUGGGGACUUGGACGAGGAGGAGAAGGAGGAGAAGGGGGACGUUCACCAUAUAAAGGCCGCAAGGCCUCAUGACCAUUG